CAUAUGAAUUUUAAUUUUUCAAGGAUAGGAAAAUAUGAAUAUAGAAGAAACUAUACAAUGGAUAUUUACUCUCCCGUUAACAGAAUGCAUCACAGAAUUAUUGCUUUUAUUAAAAACUUCAUCAUGUCAAGAAUUAAUAAGCAUCUUUCAAAAGACAAUAGAUAAUAUUUUUCAUGUGGAUAAGGGAUGGAAUAUUGAUUUAAUUUAUGAAGAUAAUUAUUUAAGGGAAUAUAAAUCAAUAGUAUUUUUCUUAGAUGCAAAUGGUCCUAUAAUUGAUUGUAUUAAACGUUUACUAUAUGAAAAUUGCCCAACGUUAAUUGUAUAUUUGGAUAAAAACAAUAAACUAUUGAAUUCAAAUCAGAGUCUUUCUUUAAAUGCAUUUGAAUAUUAUUUUUGGAAUUUUUUCUCCUAUUUUGGUAGAAUUAAAGAAAAUGAGGAUGAUUGUGAUAAUACAUUUAGUUAUUCAGCAUAUGAUGAGAUAGUGCAUUCUUAUUGUUUUUAUUUUUACCCAUUUAAUGUUGACAAAAACAUAUUUUACAAAGAAAAUCAUUUCCACUCUUAUAAUAUAGAAGAUAAUAUAACAUUAUCUGUAUAUAAUCAUCAACCUCUCUUUAAUCUUUGCAAUUCUGCAAUAUCAUUUAUUACAUCAAAAGACAUUGCUAAUUCAUUUCAAACAAGUUUAGAAGAAAAUGAUAUAAUAAAGAUGAUUAUUUAUAAUAAUAAAACAAUUUUAAAUGAAAUAUUUAGUCCUGAAAAUUAUGCUUCUAUUCUUUUCUUAAAGAUUUUUCUCAUGACAAAUAUUUACCAAAAUGCCAAAUCAAAAUGCUCAAAUCAUCUGAUUGGUCAACAGCAAAUUAACGUUGUAUCCGAACUCCCUUCCGUCAAUCAAAUAUGCCUGUCUCGGAGUGUUUUAUCACAUUUACUUCAAUUUUGCGAUACCAAGUCGCCUCUCACGGCUAUCAAACUCGACGAGACUACCCUGAAAUCACUUCUCUUAUCGUCUAAAAGCGAAAAAAAUUGUGAUGCGAACGCCAUUCACUAUCUGAAGCGGUAUAUUUUCCCUUUGAUGAUACGAGAUCAAUUUUUGGAUUAUUACGUACAAUUGUUCAAUCGAUGGCCAUUUCUACCCUCCUUUAAAUGGAUAAUUGACUCUUGGCUAACCUACAUUCAACCCUGGAAACAUAGUCACGAUUUGGGGUUUGGAUCAAAGCUAUCUCUACAUCUCUGGAAAAAUUACCUUAGAGCCAACGAACCAUAUUACACUGUCAUAUUUAAUCGAUUCGUUUCAAGAAUGUCGCAAUUAGAUUUGACCAUAUCGCAAAACGCGUGUCAGCUGUACAGAGUUUUAAAGGUUUUUGUCAAAGGUGACCUAUAUCAACUUCUCAACCAGAUCGAAAGACCAGACAACCUUCCUAUCCAAACAUCAGAUCCUAUCUUAAAUUUUAACCCCAGUUUCUCGUCAGCCAAUUCAUCCCUGAUCAGACUCCGUCUUUUACCCAAUCUCGUGGACAGCCGAAAAAACCUGUCAACUUCUUUAAACGAUAGCUAUGAUAAAAGGGAUGAAUUUUCCAAAAAUCCCAACGAUAAAAGUUCGAAAUUUCGUCGUUUAUACGUGAAGGCCUUGCGAAUGUUUUUGGAUAAAAUUUGGCGCAACUAUAUAGUUUACCCAGCAAGAUACGCCUACUUUAGCCUCAAAUAUGGUUAUUUUAAUGGGUCUGGUUACAGUGACGAAAUUGACGAAUCCCCACUAUUUUUGAGCCUCAUGGCGCGUAAGGGAAUGAUUUCUUCCUCCAAUCCGAAUUAUAUUGAUAAAUACCAUAAUAAUGCCGAAAGGAACGAUAAAUGUAUUUUCUAUCUGGAUGAGAGUAUACGGAUGCUGGAGAUUAUGUUUGGGCCCAUUGCCCCAAAUUAUAUUCCCGUGCUCAAGAAAUCUUCAUCGCCAAAUAAUAAUCUAUCAUUCUACCAAAAUGCUUACAACACACCCAAAACUGUUUUAAAUCGAACGGGAAUUCUGUCCAGCUCGAUACCUCUAAAAACGCCAAAGUUAUACACUCCGUCGAGCGCGUCCUUGUUACACCUGGGAGGAUACGAAACGAGGCCUAUACGAUCUUACGAAAAUGCUUACUUGGUCCGUGUUUUAUAUAAAAUUUCGACCCUCCUAAACAAUAAAUUUCAAACCAAACUCAAUAUUCUUUACAACAAAGAAGACCUCUACAGCGUACUCCUAUCUCUUAUCAUAUCACCGAUUGUAUCCUUCAGACCCGUUAUCUCUUCGCCGCCUAGAUCCCCCAUCUUCAAGAAUUAUUCACCGACAAACAAAAUGUCCCAAACUCUGAGACCCUGCAUUAAUUUACGAUUUUUGGCAAAUUACUAUUUUAUAGGUUAUAUGCUAUUCUUCACGGCCGUAUUAUCCUUUUUCGGCUGGGGCUACAAAAAAAUGGUCACGUGGCUUUUCAUAUUAUCGAUGGCCAAUUCAUUUUGCGGAUUAAACGUGGAGGAUGCGCAGAAUGGAACGAGAAUUUCGCCCGUUUCCCCGUUCAAGCGCCGAUUUUUUUUGACCAACAAUAAUGCCGGAUUAAUAAUGUUCAAGAAAAACGCUAAUAAAGUUUGUUUGUACGCAAUAUUUAUAGGUCUAGUCUUUUACACGCUAUUGAUAUAUACCCUGCAACCUAUAACUAAUUUUUGGUGAAUUUUUUUAUAAUCUAAUUUAUAUAAAUAGUUUUAAAUACCCGGUAUUAUUUUCCUUAAAAAACGAUAUAUUUAUUUUAAUUUGUGUUGUGACUGUUUAAACAAAACAAAUUUAUAAUUUAUACACAAAAAAAACAUAAUUAUUUAGCAUAAUAUUUGCGACUUUUGUUUUUAAAGA